AUGCAGCUGUCCUGCGGUUGCCUCACCGAGGAGGUCCAGCGGGGCCCGCGAGCCGGCAAUGCAGCUGUCCUGCGGUUGCCUCACCGAGGAGGUCCAGCGGGGCCAGUGAGCCGGCAAUGCAGCUGUCCUGCGGUUGCCUCACCGAGGAGGUCCAGCGGGGCCGGUAAAGCCGGCAAUGCAGCUGGCCUGCGGUUGCCUCACCGAGGAGGUCCAGCGGGGCCACCAAAGAAGGAAAUUGUGUUUGUUCUUCCUGAAAAGGAAGAUCAAACAAGUGAAGGUCCAGCGGGGCCGGUGAGCCGGCAAUGCAGCUGUCCUGCGGUUGGCUCACCGAGGAGGUCCAGCGGGGCCAGUGAGCCGGCUAUGCAGCUGGCCUGCGGUUGCCUCACCGAGGAGGUCCAGCGGGGCCAGUCCAGCGGGGCCGGUAAAGCUGGCAAUGCAGCUGCCCUGCGGUUGCCUCACCGAGGAGGUCCAGCGGGGCCCGCGAGCCGGCAAUGCAGCUGUCCUGCGGUUGCCUCACCGAGGAGGUCCAACGGGGCCGGUAAAGCCGGCAAUGCAGCUGGCCUGUGGUUGCCUAACCGAGGAGGUCCAGCGGGGCCGGUGAGCCGGCAAUACAGCUGGCCUGCGGUUGCCUCACCGAGGAGGUCCAGCGGGGCCGGUGAGCCAGCAAUACAGCUGUCCUGCGGUUGCCACACCAAGGAGGUCCAGCGGGGCCGGUCCAGCGGGGCCAGUGAGCCGGCAAUGCAGCUGGCCUGCGGUUGCCUCACCGAGGAGGUCCAGCCGGCCGGUGAGCCGGCAAUGCAGCUGGCCUGCGGUUGCCUCACCGAGGAGGUCCAGCGGGGCCAGUGA